GCGCCGCGCUGUUGUCCGCGGGGCUCUGGCGUUUGCCUGUGCCUCAGGGGCCAGUCCCGUCCCGUCACCCCGCCCGGCAGCGCGUCAGCCCCUUUGAGGCGGGGUUUGCCUCGCCCUCCGGCCCGGGGAGCGGGGGCUGGUGCCGGUGCCUUCCAGCGGGCCCUCCGCCGCUUCGUCCCUCCGGUGGCUGGUCCGCUUCCUCCUCCGAGACACAGGCAGCUCUCCGCGGGAGACUGGACACAGACCUCUGCGGAGCUCGAGGAAGGAAUCUGCCGUCUGGUUCGCCGUCCCUCAGCUUAACAAAUGGCGGCACAGUGCGUGACAAAGGUGGAGCUGACUAUUGCCUGCACCAAUCUCUUGGAUAAAGAUAUUGGUUCCAAGUCCGACCCGCUGUGUGUGCUUCUCCAGAACACGAGUGGUCAGCAGUGGUAUGAGGUUGAUCGCACAGAAAGAGUUAAGAAUUCUUUGAGCCCAAAGUUUGCCAAGAAAUUCCUAAUUGAUUACUAUUUUGAGCUUGUUCAGAAACUUAAAUUUGGAAUAUAUGACAUUGAUAACAAAACCUUUGAUCUGAGUGAUGAUGACUUCUUAGGAGAAUUUGAAUGUACAUUGGGACAAAUAGUUUCUAGCAAGACUGUAACAAAACCAUUAAUACUUAAAAAUGGCAGACCUGCUGGAAGAGGAAGUAUUACGAUUACAGCAGAAGAAGUGAAGGAUAACAGGGUGGUCGUAUUGGAAGUAGAAGCAAGGAAACUGGACAAUAAGGAUUUUUUUGGAAAGUCAGAUCCUUAUCUGGAAUUCCACAAACAGACUGGAGAUGGAAACUGGGUGAUGGUUCACAGAACAGAGGUUAUUAAAAACAACCUGAAUCCUGUUUGGAGGCCCUUUAAAAUAUCUCUCAAUUCUCUGUGUUACAGUGAUAUGGAUAAGUCAAUCAAGGUUGAGUGCUAUGACUAUGAUAGUGAUGGGUCUCAUGAUCUCAUAGGAAGUUUUCAAACUACGAUGUCAAAACUGAAGGAAGCGUCUCGGUCCUCGCCUGUUGAAUUUGAGUGCAUCAAUGAAAAGAAAAGACAGAAGAAAAAAAGCUAUAAAAACUCUGGCGUUGUGAGUGUUAAGCACUGUGAGAUCAUAGUAGAAUGCACAUUCCUUGAUUACAUCAUGGGUGGUUGUCAGCUGAAUUUCACAGUGGGGAUAGAUUUUACAGGCUCUAAUGGAGACCCUCGCUCUCCUGACUCUCUGCAUUACCUCAGCCCUAACGGAGUUAAUGAAUAUUUAACAGCCAUUUGGUCUGUAGGAAUGGUCAUUCAGGAUUAUGAUACAGAUAAGAUGUUUCCUGCCUUUGGAUUUGGUGCACAAAUUCCUCCUUCCUUUCAGGUGUCACAUGAGUUUCCAUUAAAUUUUAACCCAUCAAACCCAUUCUGUAAUGGAAUCCAAGGCAUUGUUGAUGCAUAUCGGGCUUGUCUCCCUCAAGUGAAAUUAUAUGGACCAACAAAUUUUUCUCCAAUUAUAAAUCAUGUGGCAAGAUUUGCUGCUGCAGCUACACAGCAGCAAACAGCAUCUCAAUACUUUAUACUUCUGAUCAUAACGGAUGGUGUGAUAACAGACCUUGAUCAAACUCGAACUGCCAUAGUUAAUGCUUCGAAAUUGCCCAUGUCCAUUAUCAUUGUUGGUGUUGGAGGAGCGGACUUCGAUGCUAUGGAGUUUCUUGAUGGUGACAAUGGAGUUCUUAGGUCCUCGUCAGGAGAACCAGCUGUCAGAGACAUUGUCCAGUUUGUGCCGUUCAGGAAGUUCCAAAACUCUCCAAAGGAGGCUCUGUCGCAGUGUGUCCUGGCAGAAAUCCCUCAGCAAGUGGUGAACUACUUCAGCACCUACAAACUGCAGCCUCCGAAGAAUCCUGCUGCAAAGUGAAUGGGCUGAGCAGGAGAGCUGAGACUUCGUGCUUGCCUUACUUGCUGUAUCCACAGACUUUGGUUCUGGAGAUACUUCUGUGUACAUGUAUGCACACACCUCUGUACGGUAGCUCCUGUUAGCUUUUGCCUGCAAAUCACUUUGCCAAGAGUGCCUUUUAAGGGCCAAAACUAUAAUUGUGUUAAUAUUUGAUGUUGAUUUGAAAGAUAGGGCUUACAUGGGUGCAUUGUAUGUUGAAAAGUAAGAGUGGAACAAAAGAGGUUGGAUAUGCAGAGUGAAGGGGGAGAACAUCUGGAAGCGGAACAGCUGCCCGUGAUAAACGUGGCCAGUGGGAGUGCUCAGUUACUGCUGUGGGGAUCAGCACGGAGGACUGCAGUUUCUCAGUGAUCGUAAAACCAGUCUGAAAUGAAAAAGAGGGUGUAUCCUCACCAAGCAGAUAGAAGUUUGUACGUGCUACAACGAUUCUGGAAUAGUUCAGGCUUCUGUGUCUGUUAAACUGGCAUAACAAAAUUUUGUCACAGGAGUUUCUUAAUUAGACAAGUGCCAGAACAGAGCGUAAAGGCCCUCCUUGCAUGCCUACUUCACAUCUGCCACUUUAGUGCUGUUGGCCAGUGCCUGGGGUUCAGGACUGUGUGAACAUGAGCCAAAUAAGUCGUUAAAAUAUAUAUUCUUUCAUAGUAUGCAUUCUCUUAAGGUAGUACAGGAAUAACUAGGGUGAAUCAAGGUAAACCUCUAACAUCUCAGAAGAAUACUAUUGGCCUUUGAGGCUGCUACUGUAAAGGCUGUAACAUGUGCUUCAGUGUGUACUGUGCUGAAAAACAAACUCCAGAUUUUAUUUUGGCUGGGAUUUUGUUUUGGUUUGUUCUUUUCCCUAAAACAAUCAUGACUAUUGAUCUUUAAAGGGCUUUUUGUGAAGGCUUUUACUUAAAAAGUUUUGUCUGAUUUAUAAUUGCAUAUUUUCAAGCAAAGGCAGUUCUUGAAAGUGCUACCUAUAUUGGUUUUGUCAUAUUUUGAAUCAUGCUUCUUUUUCUUGAGCCCACUAAUGAAAAGUGCCUGCAAAAAACCCAGUUUUCCCUCUUCCCUUCCAGUAGGAAAGCAUAAGAAAGUCUCCAAGCUCUAAUCCUGUAAUCAUACUGUGAUUUUUCUAGGGCAAACAAUUUCUGUUUUAUUUUCUUGGUUUGAGUUUUCUCUUCACCAUUUACAUCAAGUGUAAAUCAUGUUGUCUUUGCUUAUUGGAUAGAUGAAGCUUUCUUGUCUUCCAGUUGCAUACUGCUUGCUGAGGAUCUCUUCUGAUCCUGUCAGUGCGUGUAGAGGUCACACUUCCCACCUCAAUCUUGAAUAUUAAUUUUGCAGUUCCACUUUUGAAGUGGUUUAGAGUUAGAGAACCAGUUGAUCUGAUUUUUGGAUGGUCUAGCUAUAACAUGUAAGAACAGAAUGGACUAACACUAAAUUUAUCAUAAUUGGGCAUGCAAGAUUGCACCAGGUUGUAGUGUAUGUGACUUUGUGACUUCUUUUUUAGUUGCUGGAGCUGCUGUGUGGUGUGGUGGUUGGUUUUUUUUUUUUUUUGGUUUGGUUUGUUUUUUUUUUUUCCUGUCCACUAUAAUGCUGUCAAAAGUCUGAAUUCACAAUAACAUUGAUGAAUGAAAGAUACAUGUAUUGAGAUUGUUUUACGCAUCCUGUAAAACACCAAAUGUUUUGUGGGCAGUUGACAAAUUAUCAGUCAUGAAUGAAUAUGUUAUUCUUCAUCCCAUUUUCCUUGGUGGAAGCAGGUCCUAAAUAGUUUCAGUAGUGGCAUACUAAGGAAGAGAUUUCGUUUCAUAUUAAGCCAAGCUCUUUCUUUUUUUUUUUUUUUUAAAUCUAAUUCAUGUGUUUAUAUAAGAAUCUACAGACAUCUUUUUAUCAGUGUAAUGCAAAUGUGUUACUACUUUAUACACAAAUUAUAAUGAAGUGUCAUGCCAGAUAUGCAACACAAAAUAUUAAAAUUAAGGAAGUAGUUAGAUUGAACCUAAGUCACAGUGCUGUAAAUUGAUAUUUAUAUGAUUUUGGAACAGUAAACUGUUACACAGCUACAUGCUCCUUGUACGUAACUGGAUGCAGUAUUAAUGCUUUGUCUAGAUUCACUGAAGUGGAUGAGUACUACUGAUAGGAGUAGUGUAUACUACUGAAGUUCCUCUGAGCUGUGUCAAAAAUAUAAUGCUGCGUCUGAGUUCUGUUACCAGUUCUGUUUUAAGUUGCAGUGGAAGUGCAUUUAAAUGCAUUUAAAUAUGUUAAUAAAUAUUAUGCUAAAUAUAUGCUGCAUAUAAAAGAAAGCCUUUUGUUUUGCCUGUAUUCUAUACAUAAAUUCUGACUUUCUACAGUAGAGAAUUCAUUAUCUCUUACUGGAAAAGUGCCCCCACGUUCCUCCAGCUUAGGGAAUUACAUAGCAGAUCUACUACACCUAUUUCUCAAUGUGCCUUACUCUGUGUAAAAGGAAAGUGUUUCAGAUGUGACAGGGGCAGGAACCAUUUUCCAGGUAUAACUUCUCUUAGAGGUGUACAGCUAAUGCCUGUUGAAAAAUUUGGAAACUUCCAAGUUAGGCUUAAGCAAUAUUUUGAGUCAAGGAAUGCAGCAGAUUGUGAGUCAAGGGGGAGGGGAGUCACUGUGCUGUUUUGCCAAUUUUUUGUUUAUUUUUAUAUGUAAAAAAUGCCUUAUUAGCUUCAGGGUGACAAAGCAAAAUAUUGUCAAAGUUUUGUAAAGUGAAUGUGCUUGUGGGUCACUCGCACCACCUUGUGAUAAAAAUGAUGUAUAGCAGUCUCUGUAAUCUGAUGCUUUUUGCCGUUUAAUAGUCGUAAUAUAUACAUAUGUACAGCAGAGAAAUAACCUGUAACCAGAAUUUUUUACUUUCCUAUAUAUUUCAGUUCUUAUGAAGUUAACUGAUUUACAAUGCCUAUUCAUUAAAAAAGUCAUUUCAGUA